AUGUCCGCUGCGGCACUCGUCCUGAAAGCUUCCCCGCAGCGCAUCCCCGCGAUCUUCACCUCUGCCCACAGCUUCGCACGCUCUGUCGCAACCAUGGCCCCCACCUUGCAGCAUGCCGACGACUUUCUGUCCUUUGUGAAUGCCUCGCCCACCCCCUUCCAUGCCGUCAAGUCUGCGAAAGAGCGGUUGGAGAAGGCUGGUUUUACCCAGAUCAAGGAACGGGACUCGUGGUCCUCAACGCUUAAGCCUGGCGGCAAGUACUACCUCACUCGCAACGGCUCGUCCCUCGUCGCCUUCGCUAUCGGCAAGCAAUGGAAGACCGGCAACCCGAUCGGCAUGAUCGGAGCCCACACGGACUCGCCGUGCCUUCGCAUCAAGCCUGUAUCUAAGAAGCAGAGCGACGGAUUCCUGCAGGUGGGUGUCGAGACGUAUGGCGGUGGUUUGUGGCACACCUGGUUCGAUCGCGAUCUCAGCAUCGCUGGUCGUGUGAUGGUUAAGACCAGUGACGGCACCUUCGAGCAGAAGCUCAUCAAGGUGGACCGCCCUAUCCUCCGCGUGCCCACGCUUGCUAUCCACCUCGACCGCCAGCAGGACUUCAUUUUCAACAAGGAGACCCAGCUAUUCCCUAUCGCCGGCCUCGUUGCCGCGGAGCUCAACCGCCAGGGCAAGACGGAGGGUGAAAACACGGACAAGGUUGAGGAGACUGGGCAGUAUGAGCCUCUGAAGACGGUUUCGGAGAGACAUCACCCGUACAUCGUUGAGAUCAUUGCCGAGGAGGCCGGUGUUAAGACUGUUGAUAUCCAAGACUUUGAGGUCGUUCUGUACGAUACUCAGAAGUCAGUCAUCGGCGGCCUGAACAACGAGCUCAUCUUCUCUGCCCGCCUUGACAACCUGAUGAUGUCGUUCUGCAGUGUCGAGGGUCUCAUCCACUCACUCUCCUCGCCGUCUGCCCUCGACAACGACAACACUAUUCGUCUCAUCGCCCUCUUCGACCACGAGGAGAUCGGCAGUCAGACCGCACAGGGUGCCGACUCUAACCUCCUGCCUGCAGUGAUUCGUCGUCUCUCCGUACUCGCCCCGUCUGAGUCCAACAGCGAGAAGUCCUAUGACAGGCUGGACGUUGACGCAGCCACCGCGUUUGAGCAGACCCUGGCCACCUCUUUCCUUAUCUCCGCCGACAUGGCCCACUCCGUCCACCCCAACUACCCCGCAAAGUACGAGUCUAGCCAUCGCCCUGAGAUGAACAAGGGUACAGUCAUCAAGAUCAACGCCAACGCUCGCUAUGCCACGAACUCGCCUGGCAUUGUCCUCCUGCAAGAGUCGGCUCGCCGGGCGAAGAAGGCGUCCACCAACGUCAACACUACUUCAGACGAGGGUGUUCCUCUGCAGCUGUUCGUUGUCAGGAAUGACAGCAGCUGCGGCAGCACCAUUGGUCCGAUGCUGGCAGCGAAGAUGGGCGCUAGAACCCUGGAUCUGGGUAACCCGCAACUGAGCAUGCACAGUAUUCGCGAGACCGGUGGUGCUCACGAUGUUGAGCAUGCGAUCAACCUGUUUGAGAGUUUCUUCGUCCACUUCGCCGAGUUGGAGAAGAAGAUUCUGGUGGAUUAG